GUUCAGUGUUAUUGUGUCAAUAAUGGAUUGUUGUAAUUUUUGUUUAAUUUUUCUCAACAUAAAAAGGUACAUUUGAAGGUUUGUGGGUGUGAUAUUGUGAAAUAUGAGUAUAUCUCUUAAAGUGUGUUGAUCAGAUGUAAAUCAUCACAAUGAACAUAAUGAGGAAACUUAGGGGAGGUGGAGGGCCAAACUCUGCCUCUGCUUCAUCGACUGACUUCCCUGAUGGUCCAUCAUCAGCUCAGACACAGUUGGGGCUGCUGCACUUGAAAAAGCUCUUCACUGAAUAUACCCAUCCACCACAUCCUUUAACAGAACAAGAGAAAGAUGAUAAGCUGUAUAAUAUGCUGCCUCUCUUUUGCAAGGUUUUUGGAUCAAGCCCAUCCUGUGACAUGAACGAGAAGUUCUGGGAUGUGUUAGCUUUCUGUCAGCAAGUGUCUUUGCUGAUGGUGAACGAAAUAAGGAGAAGAGCAUCCAAUCAGAGCACAGAAGCAGCCAGCUGUGCAAUAGCAAAGUUUUUGGAAAUAGAAAACUGUGAAGAAUCUAGUAAUGGUUGGAUGUUAUUAUCUACUUUAAAUUUGCUUGCGUCUGGUGAUACCACAUUGAUUCAGGUUAUGUCUGAAGUAUCAGUAACAUCCACUUUAGUCAGGUGUUUAUACUUGUUUUUUGACCUACCUGAAAUAUCAGAACAAGAAGCAAACAGUAAAGAUACCAAUAGUGACUUUACACCUAGAGAAAGACGGAUACUUCUGCAGAAAAUAUUCGUGCAGGUCUUGGUACGACUAUGUAGCCACAGGAUACCAGCUGAAGAGCUGGCAAGGAAAGACGAUUUAACGCUCUUAUUUUCGGCUAUCACGUCAUGGUGCCCCACGCACAACGUUCUAUGGAGAAAAAGUGCUGCAGAGGUGUUGAUGACAUUAUCAAGACAUGGACUCACUCCGCCUGUUGUAGGAUAUAUUCAUGCAAAAUCGUGUGUGUCCUUGUGCAUAGAAAACAUGAAGAAAAUACCUGAACUGGCACCAUUAGAUCUGGUCGAAAUGUUCGUAACAUUGUUUUGUUUUUUGAAAGACUCCAGUGAGGUAUCAUCAACACUGCUAGAUGACUUUAGGCAAGCUCAAGGAUACCCUUUUCUGGCAGAGUUUCUGCAAAGGCUGGAACAUGACCAUUCCAAUGAAGCCCAGGAAUCAAUCAGGAAUUUGGUGUUAAUGAUAACAUCUUUAUGCAUGUGUGGCUAUAUAGAACUGAAGCCUUCUCAGGCUUCUACUGGAUCUCUAUUCCAAAUGCAAGGAUUCGUUGUACCACAACCUUCUGGACGAGGAACCAGUGUUAGAAAUAUACAAGCUUUUCACGUUCUGCAAAGCAGUUUCUUGAAAUCAAACUCAUCUCUGCUAUGCUCGACAAUAUUGGACGCCAUAUCCAGCAUCUACCAUUCAGACAACGCCAAUUACUUCAUCUUAGAAAAUCAGAACACCCUUUGUCAGUUCACAGAACGUAUCCAUUACAAGCCCCAGGACGUUCAACAAAAACUCUUCGAACUCAUCGAGUUCCUGGUGUAUCAGUUGAACUUUGUACCGUGCAAGGAACUCAUAUCUAUGUCAAUUUUCUUAAAGACGCACAGUUUGAAGUAUGUAGACUGUAGUAUUCUGUGCAUGAAGACAUUGUUGGAGAUUCUGAAACAUAACGCCAUAUUCAAAGACGUGUAUAGAGAGGUUGGGCUGUUGGAGGUAUUUGUCACUUUGCUGAACAGAUAUUCGAGUAUGUUGGAUGAAAAGAACGCUAUCGAAGAUGGUGAGGAGGACGGCAAGGUGCCAUGUGGCCAAGAAAAACUAGGUGCCUUGGUAAUUGAAGCAUUCACUGUGCUGUUGUCUGGAAACAGCCAGAAUGCGCAGUUACUGAGAGAAUCUGGUGGGGCUAAGUGUAUUCACAAACUUGUUCAAUAUCCUGAAUGUCGUCAAGCGGUACUAGGUAUCAUUAAGGAGCUAGUACUUUCUUCUGGCGGCGACGAUGACAUGGCUCAAUUGUUGAAUACCCUACAUUCAGCCUCGUCUACCGAACUUCAGAUUAAAAUAGAUAUCUUGGAUGCCUUGAAGAUCUGUUUGAAAGAGUCCCAUAGGAUACGAACAGUAUUCAGAAAAGUAAAUGGAUUCGUGUAUGUAACCAGCGUCCUUGUCGUGUUGGAAGGCAAACUAAACAAAAAGGUCGAGGAUCCGAAGAUACUCACCGUACUGAAUCUAGUAUUUCAGACGAUCUGUACAGCAAUGCGAUUUGAACCGGCCAACGCCAAGUUCUUCUUUCACGAAAUAUGUAAAACUACUCUCUGUGAUACGUUGAGAUUGCUGGGGUGCUUCACUCCUGGGAAAGUUCCGACCAUCAGCGAAAUUGAUUUUGAUAGCCCUCUCAACCAUUACCAUGAAGUGUUCCAGAAUAUCUUUACUGGCUCCGUUACAAACCCAAUUAUACCGGACGAAAUAUCACCGUCUCUGGCUUAUACGACAAUAGUGUACAGGCUUUUAUACGAUUUGUGCUUAGAUUUAUUUGACAAAACAAAUGUAACUGUCAAUCCUUUUGCUGUCAAGUCACCACCUCUAUCAAGAGACUCCAGUGUUCAGAGUGAUAAUGGUAAGAAUGGAGUCAAUUCUUUGAAUUUGAAUCCACCACAACCUGAUCCCAUAAUAGUUCAUCCAGGAGUGGUUGUCUGCAUGUUGGAACUGUUAUCUUGCAUCAAAGACGAUCAUUUUGAAAUGUACCUGAGUCUGCAGCUGUUCAUAUCAGAAGUCAUCAAGUCGUUAGUGAGGAGCGAACGAAACCAGCAAGUGAUGUGUGAUAAACAAUUUGUGGGCAACAUAUUGACGAUAGGUUCUGAACCGCUACAAAACGAGAACCAUCCUCUUCAUAGCCCAUUACAGUACAUGCUAGAGCGUCUGGCUGCUCAAGCCCUCGAACCAAAUGACCUAAGGCAGUUUUUGAGGCUGGGCGAUCCGUUCUGCUGCCAACCAUUAGGGUCUAAAAAGCCAGGAGGCGGUCCUGUCCCUCUAACUCGGAUCAAGACAUUGGUAUCCAUGACGACACCAAAAGACUUUCGGACUCAGUCAUCUCACACACUUCCGCCAUUCGUGGAAUUUGAUAUGUCUGCAGAGGGAUUUGGUUGCCUUUACCUGCCCAGCAUAGCUCCUCAGUCACCGUCAGCACCUAGCGUUGUGUCAGCCGUUGACAGCAGCGUAUUAGGAGGAAUUGGUGCUGGAGAUAGACUGUUUCCACCUCAAACUGGAUUGAGUUACUCGACGUGGAUCUGCGUGGAUAAAUUUUAUGAUCCAAGGUCUGAUCCCCAUUGUGUCAGGCUACUCACGCUGGUUCGUAGUUUCAACGGUGCUAGAGAGGAUCACCUUGUGUGUUUAUCGAUCGUGUUGUCAUCUAGGGAUAAAGCUAUAAUCGUAUCCACACAGGAAACGCAUAUUCCAUCAAAUGUGGGCGAUUGGGAGCCCGAAGGUUCUGGAGAGCAUGGUGCAAGAGUUUGGUGUCCAGACAUCUUACAAGAAGGCCACUGGCAUCAUUUGGUCGUCGUCUUGAACAGGGCUGUGUUGAAGAAUUCUUCGUUUUCUCUCUAUUUGGACGGCCAACAGAUCCAUUCUCAAAAGAUGCACUAUAUAUCUCAAAAUCCCGGAGGCGGCUCCGCGAAUUUGAGCGUGGCUUCCUCAGUGUACGGGUUCAUUGGAACUCCACCUGCGUGGAGGAGAUACUCUAGAUUAUGUUGGAAGCAAGGGCCAUGCUUUUUGUUCGAGGAGGUCUUAAAUCCAACCAUAGUGACAUACAUGUACCAACUGGGUCCUCAUUAUAUGGGUUCAUUUUUAGCACUGAACAUUUGUCCGCCAGAUAUCGGACAGUUAGUGACUGAAGAGAAAGUCGUUUUUGGUCUGAACGCCAAAGCCGUAUCUCAAUUGACGUUGAAUAAAAUCAGGAAAGUUUACAGCAAAACGGACAACAAGUCUAUAGCAAAGCAACUGGGCAUGUCCAGCCAUGAAAGUGCCACCCCUAUAAGGAUCCUGCAUAAUUCUGCUGGGCAUUUAGCUGGAUCUGCGCGGACACUUGGUGGCGUCGUUAUAGGCUAUUUGGGUGUGAGAGUGUUCUGUCCACGACCAGUAGCGACCACCGUCGACACGGUUGGAGGAUGCGCGGUUCUUCUGGGCCUCAUAGCAAUGGCCCAGGAUAUUGAGAGCCUCUACGCGGGCGUGAAGGCUCUGGUAUGCGUCGUGAGGAGUAACAAGGUGUGCCAAGCCGAGAUGGACAGGAAGAGAGGGUAUCAGACCUUGGCCAUGUUGUUGAGGAGGAAGAGGACUUUGCUGAACUCGCAUAUUUUGCAUUUGGCAUUCAGCUUGGUCGGGACGGUGGAUAGCGGCAGGGAAUCUUCGGCUAUUCCUAACAAAAUGGCUUUUCAGGACCUACUGUGCGAUCUGGAAAUCUGGCACGAAGCUCCCGGAGAACUGCUCAGAUCCCACUUGGAGCAUUUAUACGAGCUGGCCGCCGAGUCUAACGAGAAGAAGACGAACGUAUUUGUAAUGCGUGAAUUAAACCUCGUGGAGAAAUUGCUGUACAUCACGCCGGAAGUGAAGCAUCCGACUACCAAACAAAUACUGUUCUCGCUCAUGAGUAUACUACUCAGUGGACAACCAAGGCAAAAUGAUCUACUCAUCUUCGGGCAGUUUAUAGCAUCGACUCUGCCUAACUGUUCGAUACCCUCAGAGAAGAAUAUACAACUUUUGGAAGGAGUCGUCCAAGAUGACACAGAGAACAUCAGGCUGAGGAACGCCUGUCUAGCGCUUCUUCACACCAUCAUUUUUACCAGUAGAAACCACGUUGGAGAUGAAAUCUCCAGAAUGCUAGGAUUUGACUGGCUACUUUUAUUUCUGCAACCACAUAUUCAUUCCUCUACGAUCAUCUGGGCAUUGAGGAUACUUGUGGCUACGUGUUCUAGUCCCAUGCUGCUUGCUCGGUUCAGAGAAGGAAGCAUAAACGGUGGCUGGCUCAGGCACACAGAGCAAAUAACGCACAACAAAAUAAACCUAGCCCUCGGUUGUGCCUCAAACAGCCUCCAGAACAAUGACCAAAAGUUCGAAGCUUUGCACAUUCCUGGGUUCCAGUACCUGGAAUGGCUCCUACCGCAUCACCUAGAGAUCCCCGAGAUUUACUUCCUUUUAACAGCCUUAAUGAUGGGUCAACCAGCCAAGUUGUUGCCGUCAGAAACAAAGUUCGAUUUGGACACAGUGUGGUCAUUCCUAUGGGGCAGUAACAUUAGCACCCAGCCCAUCAACAGUGUCACACCAAGGAUAAAUUUGUGCCCUGAAGCUGCUGUAGUACUUUUGGCAAUGACACGGGCUAUGGUGCAUGCGGAUGAGAGCACUCUACCGGACUGGUUGAAGAAUCACCCCGUCUCCAUUAUUCAGGUGCUGUUCCAACUGUACCACAACAUGCCCGAAUUCAUGCCGAUUUUCAUGUCAUCGGAAGUCCUCGGAGCCCUGGCAAGGGUUCUCUUUCCUCCUUCGGCGACCGGCAGUAGUGAAAGCAGCGGUGUAUCCACUCCAAACAGCGAAGAUGCAGAUAACAUCAUAAUCAUCCCCAGGACUCCAGAAGGCGAAUCUUUGACUAACCACCCUGUGAGGCAGUUCGUGAUCGAUUUUAUCAGAGUUAUCGUCGUGGAUUCGCUCAGUUUGUCUGUUUCUGGGAAGGGAUCGCCGGUGAUCGACUUGGUGCUUGACGCUUAUCCUGACAAAUCGACGACUUCGCAGCAAAUUUGCUAUCAGACCGAGAUUCUUAGCACUUUGAUGGAUCAUCUACUAGCAGCAGACAUGUUAGUGGGAGAUCAAGCAGCUAUUCCAAUAGUGCCACUGCAAAACGCUCAUAUCCAGCAUGUGGCUCCGAAUGUGUUCUAUUUCACUGCUAGAAUCGUUGACAAGCUGUGGCAAGGACUUCUAACAAAGGAUCCACAUGAAGUGUUCGAUUUCAUUGUAAAACUCAUCUGCCAAGCGAAGAGACGAACUGCGAAUUUAUCUCUUGAAUGUUUGUACCACUGCUUGAACAGAAGCAUUCUGUUUUUACUGUCAAGACCUACCGACAGUAUUGCCGAUCAGAUGUCUGUGCUAGAGGCAUUACAUAAACUCACGACUAACAGGCUGAUUGUGUUUGGAGCUGGCAAUCACGAGCUAGACUUUAUUGGCUGCUUAACCUACUGCCUGCUUCAGUUGACUGAAGACAUGAAGAUCAUGCUAGAUACGAACAUGAAAACGACGUGGCAUGUAAACCCGCACAAUACUGAUGUUGAAUCUCGAGACGAGCAGUUGAACGUUCACCAGGGCAAAAACUUGAUGGCAGGAGCUGCCUUACGAGUGUGGGAAGAAUUGUACGUAUGCAAGAAACCAGCUAUUGAAGAGGUCUUCAAGGUCACUUUAGUACCGCCCAAUCAGAACUCCAAAGCGCCGGAUCUAAGGAUUGUUAGGGAACAGGUUUUCGAGGCAGCAUCCAAGUUGUGGUUGAACUAUGUUGAAUCUGAGAGGAAAGCGAGCUACAGAGUUCCCUGGGAACUACACAACCAAAUCCAGUCAAAAAUUCAUAAGGUAACUGGUGGUCUAACAAGACUGGCCAGUAGAACCAAAGUUAGAAAGGAGGAUACGGUAAAACUGAGAACUACUUUGAGCAAAAAACAAGCAUUUGCUUGGUUGCAGACACACGUCGGGAUAUUAAAGGAUCUGGUUGAGAUGAGGCGUCAACAACACCAAAACACCACCCAGCAUACUCAAAGAUACGUUCAUCAAGAGUGGUUACAAACUGAAAGUGAAUUGACCAGAGAAAGAGGGCUUUGGGGCCCACCUGUACCAUCUCAUCUGGAUAAGUGGAUGCUGGAUAUGACAGAGGGGCCGCAUAGAAUGCGGAAGAAAACUAUGAGGAAUCCCCUGUUCUACACACAUUACCCGUAUAGACCGGAGCAUGAAAAAGGAACUUUGAAGUACAAGGUGCCGAUCAGUUACCAUAGCAAAGAGUAUUAUACUGCAAUCCAAAUGCGAAAACAGUCUAGUGUGGGCGAGAACAUAAUAGAAACUGAAAAGGAUACUGUGGUAGACGAACCUUCUCCAUUGCCAUUUAACCCUGCGCUCCCUCAGUUGACGAGGCUGAGGUCGGAUCCAGAAGAUCAGCAGGAAGAUGCUGAUACUGAGGAGGAACAAGCAUCACAGCCUGACAAUCAAACUUUGAUGCGAUUAUUAGAACAAAACGAAAAAAUAACUUACAUGUUCAGAUGUGCCAGAAUCCAAGGAUUGGAUACAACGGAAGGUCUAUUAUUAUUCGGACAAGAAUACUGUUAUGUUGUCGAUGGAUUUACUCUUUUGAAAAGCAGAGAAAUCCGGGACAUAGACAGUGUUCCCCAUAAUGCGAAUGAAUAUGAACCAAUUUUACCCUCUCCUGGUUCACCAAGAAGAUCAAGAGCAAUGAGACAGUGUUCAAAGUUCGGAUACGAUGAUAUCAGGGAGGUACAUAAAAGAAGGUACCUACUGCAACCAAUGGCCUUAGAAGUAUUUUCCGGGGAUGGUAGAAAUUACCUUCUAGCUUUUCCGAGGAAAGUACGUAAUAAGGUAUACCAAAGAUUCAUGGCUACUGCCACUGGAAUAUCAGAUAGCGCACAACAAUCCGUGGCUGGUCAGAAACGAACAGCCAAUGUAGAACAAGCUACUAGUUUACUAAGCAAUUUGAUAGGGGAGACGAGUGUAACACAGAGAUGGGUGCGAGGAGAAAUAUCAAACUUCCAGUACCUCAUGCAUUUGAACACUUUGGCUGGAAGGUCAUAUAAUGACCUCAUGCAGUACCCAGUUUUCCCGUGGAUUUUAUCCGAUUUCGAUUCCGAAGAGUUAGAUCUGACAGAUCCUUCAACGUUUAGGGAUUUCACAAAACCUAUGGGAGCACAGAGUCCCGAAAGAUUAGAGCAGUUCAGGAAGAGAUUCAAGGAAUGGGACGACCCUCAUGGCGAAACACCGCCGUAUCACUACGGAACCCAUUAUUCAAGUGCAAUGAUCGUUUGCUCAUAUCUAGUCAGAUUAGAACCAUUUACGCAACAUUUUCUGAGACUGCAAGGCGGACAUUUUGAUCUUGCGGAUCGUAUGUUCCAUUCUGUCAAAGAAGCGUGGUUGUCUGCUUCCAAACACAACAUGGCAGAUGUCAAAGAACUGAUACCUGAAUUCUUCUACCUCAGCGAGUUUUUGGUCAACGCGAAUCAGUUUGAUUUAGGUGUAAAACAGAAUGGAGUCGGCUUGGGAGACGUAGUACUUCCUCCUUGGGCUAAACAGGACCCCAGAGAAUUCAUACGGGUUCACAGGAUGGCAUUGGAAUGUGACUAUGUUUCACAAAAUCUUCACCAUUGGAUCGAUUUGAUAUUCGGUUACAAACAGCAAGGUCAACCUGCUGUCGAUGCUGUUAAUGUUUUCCAUCACCUGUUCUACGAAGGCAAUGUGGAUAUUUACAAUAUUGACGAUCCAUUGAAGAAGAACGCCACAAUAGGCUUCAUCAAUAACUUUGGGCAGAUUCCAAAACAACUGUUCAAAAAACCUCACCCUUGCAAAAAGAUGGGCGGGAAUAACAGAAGUUCUGUGAUAGAUACUGGUUCAUUGGUACAAGCGUUCACUUUUCCACAACCAGAAAAGUUAUUUUUCCAUUAUCUGGAUAAUCUGAGGCCUUCUCUUCAACCAAUCAAGGAGGUGAAAUGUCCCGUCGGUCAGAUCCUUCAUGUUGACAAAUCAGUAUUAGCGGUGGAACAAAACAAAGUUCUGAUGCCGCCAUCUUUUAAUAAAUAUGUGGCGUGGGGUUUCGCUGAUCAUUCCUUGAGGAUAGGAAAUUAUGAAAGCGAUAAAGCCAUAUUUGUGUCUGAGAAUGUGGAACAGAACAACGGGGAGAUCCUAGCUUGCGUCUGCCCUUCGCCCAAGUUGAUUGUAACCGCUGGUACAAGUACUGUGGUGACUGUUUGGGAGUACGAAGCAAGGAAGAAACAGCUAAGCAUAAAACACAGCCUGUAUGCUCACACCGAUGCUGUCACAUGCCUGGCAACAAGCCCUGCAUACAACGUCAUAGUAUCUGGAUCCAGGGACUGCACCGCCAUUAUAUGGGAUCUUUCUAGAGGCAUGUUCGUCAGGCAGUUACGAGGCCAUGCUGGACCCGUGGCGGCAGUAGCUGUCAAUGAUCUAACAGGCGAUAUAGCAACAUGCGCAGCGACAUGGUUACAUGUAUGGAGCAUAAAUGGAGACGAGCUAGCUAAUGUAAACACAUGCGUGGGUAGAACUGACAGAAUCCAGCAAAUCCUUUGUGUGGCGUUCUCCCAAACUCAUGAAUGGGAUAGCCUGAAUGUAAUAAUGACCGGAUCGACUGAUGGAGUGACUAGGAUGUGGUCGAUAGACUACGUGCAGGUUCCUGAUGGAAACAGUACGGUCAAGAAACAGUCAGCAGAAUUGAAGUCUCCAAAAUCUCCAAAACCGAAUAACGAAGUGAAACAGCUUCCUUCUAUACACCACAAGCUUGUGAAGCAAAUACACAUUUCUUCGGAAGAUGGCGGCAACAUUAUAAAAUCUGGUUCUGAAAGCAGUCUGUCUGAAGACAAGUCAUUAGAACGGUAUGGAGAAGGCAGCUGUAAGGAAUGGCAGAAUGAAAAACAGGAAGAAAAAGAAACUUGUAGUGAUACUGAGGAAUGUGCGCCACCUGUAGCACCAGCGCGACGAAGGAGAUCUAGAAUACACCCGAACUUUAGGAAAAGUGAAGGAACCAGCGGUGAUAGUACAAGCUUAGAAGUAGUAGACGAUGGAUCGGGACUCAGAACCAGUAAAUCUGAUACAAGUCUUACCGAUUCAUUCAUUAUGGUACCUGAGCCUAAGAAAAAGCCAAUCAAUCCACUGAACUCUCUUCGGCCAGGUUUUAAGUGGCAGAGGCAGUUAGUGUUCCGCAGCAAACUGACAAUGCACACAGCUUAUGACAGGAAAGACAAUGCUGAACCUGCAUUUGUAACAGCCAUUGCAGUUUCAAAGGACCACCGAAGCGUCUACGUGGGCGACUCUCGCGGUCGAAUCUUCUCGUGGAGCGUUUGCGACGCGCCAGGCCGCGCCGCCGACCAUUGGCUGAAGGACGAAGGUGCGGACGCAUGCGCGAACUGCUCCGUUCGCUUCACCAUAUACGAACGGAAGCACCACUGUCGCAACUGCGGCCUGCUCUUCUGUUCGAAAUGCUCCAGGUUCGAGAGCGAGAUCUCCAGGCUGCGUAUACUCAAGCCGGUCAGGGUUUGUCAGGGGUGUUACACGAUGCUUAAGGGUGAGAAAACGUAAGACUGAUUUGGGGUCCGGAUAUGAGAGUAUCACUAGCUGAAAUCGGUUAGAGUAGUACUGUGAUGAAUGAAUAAAACGCUACAACCAGUAUUUUUUCCUCAGAGGAAGUGUCAGUACAAUGAUUCUUCAAAGAAGUAUUGACCUACCUCUUCUCCUCAGCUAUAUUUUCAUGUGAUUACCAAAAAGCAUAUUCGAAAAACAAUUGCUAAUUUUCAUUAAACUUGUCGUGAAAAAAAUGUGCGACGAUAAGUUUGUUUGAUGGAUUUUCCAACAUAAAAACAUAGAUUUUCCUAAAAAAGACUACAACCUGCAAAUACAGCAGUCAUUUUCAGGACUUUCCAAUUCUUUUACUUACUAGACAAUACUGUUUGCUAUGUCUGCCCGGACUGUAGAUUUGGUCAACAUUUAAAAGAGUACUAAGCAGCUUCUGGUAGCAACUAAGUUUUUGAAAAGUUUGACUGUUGAUUGAAACUAUUACAUUGUUGAUGUGUGACCAAAAGAAUGUUGAACAUUUUUGUGAAAAACAUGUAUUACUGUUUUUUUUUAUAUUAAAGGUGGUCGUAGCCUUAAACAUUGCUUCAACCUGUAGUCUCUUAGAAAAAAAAACAUGAACUACAACUGUGGUAGAGAGAAAUCGUAGUUCCUAACCUGUACAUAAAAACUACACCUAGACAAAUAUAUUAGAAAUUCUACCGAAAUAACUGCAUCAGAUACCUAACAUGGUUGUGCUAUUGUGCAAUGAAAAAUUUGUAAAAAACUUUCCCGACUGCAACGACAAUUCAAUGUGAGGUGUCGGAAUGGCGCAGUCAAUUAAAUAGUGUGAUUCACUAACAAAAAAUAUCAAGGAUUAGUCUAAUACAUCAGUUGAGAAAACAUAUAUUCUGUAUUAGCCACACACUAGACUAAAUUUGCUGAAAAUAUUGUGCUAUUCAUUGUCUAAUUUUAUGAAUGUGUGCAUGUUAAAUCAUGCUAGAUGGGCGAAGGUUUAGCGAUUGAAGCUAAGUUGACAAAGAUUCUUUUGAUAAGGUGUAUAAUACCCAAUAAAAUAAUUUAUAGCAUUGUAAUGAAAAUAUAUGCCAAAGUUAUUAUAUAUAAUUAAUCUGAUGAUUAAUGUUCAAAUCCUUUAUAUACGAGUAGAUGAGUUAGCUGUGCAUUUCUUCAUAAUAAUCGUUGAUUAACAAAUUCUACCUGAAUACAUCCAACCUAAUGUUAUAUUCGCGCAUCCAAAAAAAUAUUGGAGAUAAAAUGGGAUACCGUAGCGUAAUCUAUGAGAAUUUGUUACAGAUAUCUUUUUGUUUACCAUACAGGGUGUUCCAGAAGUGUACGUCAAGACAGCGCGGGUAUUAUGUAUCUUGAAUAGUGACAUUUUGUCGUUUUUUUGACAUUUCGUAGUUUUUUCGUGACAUAACGUAGGUUUGUCUACAAGAUUUUAACUUAGCACAAGCUCUUGUUACACUUGUAAACUCGUUUGGUAGCUGGACGUGUUGCUUUUACAUUUAAACAGUGCCUUCUAUGAGACACUAAUCUUACCAAAGUAUAUACAAUAUAAAUAUGUAUAUAUAUAUGGUAAUUCAUUAUAUUUGGGAUAAUUUUUUGGACUCGCGACUAUAGCAUUAGAUGGGUGCUUUCAGGAAGAAAAUGUUAACAAAUGUCCCAAUUCUAUAGGAAAAUCAUCUUUCAAAACACCACAAAUUCGCACAUGCGCUUGUGAUUAAAAAAUAUAUUAUGCUCAUAAGUAUAUGUGCAAUGAAAAUGAUAUAUCUAUACACCGAUUUCACCCCAAAUCAGUCUCUUACAGAUAUCUUCAUUGAGACUCGGUAGCAUUGUCGGUUAGUUUAAAUGUUAUGUGCAAUAUAGAAUUGCAAACAUUCUUUUUAAGCUGUGAUUGUAUGAAGUAUCCAGAAAAUAUCAUUAGGUGGAUCAAGUUUGUUAUAAGUAUUGGUAUUCAAGUGAAUGAAUUUAAUUUAGCCAGAUCCAGUGCAAAUAGGAAGUUAUGGAGAUGUAAGGAUUUAAGAACAACAAAAUAAAGACGAUCAUUGAAACCGUCAAUCAUACAGCAUUUGAAUAUAUUUCUCAAAGAAUCUAUAAAUCAAUCGUUGCUUUAGUGGAAAUAUAACUAUGACUCCUGCCUUACCCACUGUUAUUCUACAUAUAUUCACGUUAAUAGCGGUUAUAUAUAAGGUCAAAUAACGUUUCGGAUAUAGCUGUGGCUGGUCAUAACAAUUUAGAUUUAAUAAUUUAAAAAGCUCUCAUAUAGAGAAAAAAUUACAUAAUCGAGUAUCAUUAACUAAAACAUUUAAAAAAACAAGUUCGUCAAGUCGAAAAAUUUGAUUUCACUAUCAUUGAUUCUGUAGACUUUGAUUUGAUUUUUUUUUCAUUUCUGCAUCCACGACGUACUGUGGAAGUCGGGCGUUAUAUUGUCAUCAGUACCAAUAUCUUAUUAACAAAUUAUAUUAUAAGAAAAUGUACAAUAUCGUUUUAUUGAAUAUUUUUAUCGCUAUUUGUUUUAAUUCGCUCGGAAACUUGUGUUUCUUUAUUGUUGCAAAUUUAAAAAGACAUACUGGUAAUUGUUCUUUAGAUUUGGGAAAACACUAAGCAGAAUUUCUAUCCGAUGCGAGAUAUUCAGAAAUAUAUCCUGUAAUCCUACAAAGUCAUUAUGACUAACAGUUCAGUUUUCUGUGGUUCCCCUACACUUUCGUUACCAAUAACUAAAGCUUUAUCAGUAUACGCCAAUUUUAAUUUAAAUUUAUUAAGCCGGUCAUUGGAGAUUUUUCCUUGCAAUUAAUUUUUAUAUUUAAACCUCAUUUGCUAUUUAAAUCACUAUGAGGAAUUGCCAUUGGAAAAUAUUGUAUCUCUAAUUAUCGCCUCAAAAGAUUUUUUCAAUAAACAGGGUUGGUUCUCAUUGUAUUAGGGACACAUAGCCAUUCAUACAACGCAAAAGUCUUCAAUUGUUAUCGUAUUAUACAUACAAAAAUUUCUUUAGAUUCUGUCAGUACUCAUGUGUGAAUAGAUGUUUGAAUAAUCAAGAUCUUAUCUGUUUUGGUUGGGCUGUAGGUUGCUGGAAAGUAAUGUAUAUAUUUUUAGAUAGAGCGCUGAUAGGAGAGGUUUUUGCAUGAUGUAUUCUGAAUUACAUAUAUUUCUUAGAUUAAAGUACCAUUAAAAUUCGCCAAUAUAGUGAAUAGUAUGGAAGCAAAAUUCAUUAUGAUUAAUAAUAGUCCUGAUAGCAGUGGAACAUAUGUCUCUAAUGUAAAAUUGUUACCAACCCUGUACAUAGUCUCAAUUUUUAUUAUAUUUAUUUAUUUAUUAUUCAACUUUACAACCUUUAAUUUUAACAGAGCUGUAUAUCUAUUAAAUUAUAGCUAAUUGUUCGUUUGACAUAUAUAUCUAAAGAAAAAUAUGUGUAGAUUUUAAUGUAAAAUAUGUAAGACUAGGGCUGAAAAAGCUUACAUUUUGUUGCUGUUGCUAUUUUUGCAUUGUUGAAUUAUUGUGAUUUGUGAUUUAUUUUAGACUUAUUAUUUAAGCUAAAUCAUGUCUAUAUUCUAUUAUAUGUAAUUUUAUUAACACAGGUUACCAUUAAUAACCGGUGGAACGAUUUUAAUUAUUUUAUCGUCAUUUUUUAUCUGACUUAUUUUAGAUCGCAUUCAUGAAUGUAUUCAUUUGGCGCCAUUGCAUAGCAAUAUAUCACCAGAACAAUAAUAUUUGUAUCUAUUGUCUGUAAGAUAUUCAAACUGUAUUAAAACGUCAGAACGCUUGAGCGGUGUUCUAGUAGGAUUUAAUAUUUUUUUAUCCGAUCAAGGACCGAAUUUCGUAGAUAAAGAAAUGACAAGCAUCUGUAGACAAUAUAUAUACACCUAAAUUGAGUGCAUUCCAAAAGUAUAUUUACGUAUAUAUUUGAUAAAUAUAUGUGAUAUUGUAGAAUGCUCUAUAAUUAAUGUUCUAUAAUGUAAAUAUGCAAUGUCCUGAGAAUGUUAUUGUAUUAAUAAAAUGUUAUUCAUACCAAA